AGGUGGCGCCACUCGUAAAUCCGACUGAGAUAGCAUUUCUGUUUACUAAUCGAUCAUCAUUGUGGGAGAGUUUGUAGCUAAUACUUUCAUAUUUUAGACUGGCGGUUGGGUUAUGGGAUUGGAAUAAUAGUGAAGGAAUGAGAAAAUGUGGGUGCUGUCAAUAUGAUUUGACAAUGCGUGUCGUUCAUGGUUUGACUGAAUAUCUGGUGUGGUGAUUGAGAUGACGGUGAAUAUGCACUGACGAAAACUAAGCAACAUUGUUGACGGUGGACGGUAUAUAAUGAGAUAACGAAACGCAGAAUGAGAUACAGCGGAGUCCUCAGCUAUGCGGUGCUCACGCUAAAUCUGCAUUUUACUGGUCAAGCUAGGGCAAGCGGUUCUUGCAAGGACGUACAGGGCCGAUUCUUCGAGUCGGGAUUCCACUACAGCCCUGGCCCGGAUGCGUGCACUCUCUGCGUCUGCGACAAUGGGAAUCCAAAAUGGUGCAAGGCGGUUCUCUGCUCCCAGCCACAGGACUGCAAAUCUUUUCGUGUUGGCACCACUUGCUGCGAGUUUAUCUGCAUGGACGACACUCUCCCAGUCGGUGGUGGAGAUGGAAACAGUGGAAUCGGAGGCGGCUUGGGAGAUGGCAACACGUCAAGCGACAUGGGACUUCGUCUCGUCGCCAGCUGCAUCACUGCCAUAUUGUCACUUUCUCUCAUAUUCUUUUUGAUCCAUCGACUUCGCCAGAGAAAAAUCAGAGUUUGUGUGGCAGGGAGGCAAAACCGGCAACUAACCGACGAGCAGAGAAGUCUUGGUAGUAUGGGAUACCUAGAAAGAGGUGGAUUGUCGCACGGUGGACCAGCAGAUGACAUGUCAUGCGGUGGUGGUUAUCCGUUGUGGAAACCACCAGGUAAUUAUUUUCCACGCGGAGAAGCUCCACCACCAUAUGAAGAAGCAGUAGCAGCUGCGAGAGCAGAGCAAGCUUUGCUAUCUGCAAGUCCACACGCGUUAUCACCAUUGAAUUUCUCUGGCGCGUAUUUGUCGGUGAAUCACGGCACUCAUCCUUCAUCAGUCGCGACUGUAGCAAAUAGCCAAAUUGGCCUCUCAGUCACAACGCCAAAUCUCUCAGACAGACAUGGAGCAUCUACGUCUCCGAUGAUACUGUCGAUGAAUAGGCCUUUGAGCAGCCCUAACACUCACUCAAAUACCCAUCAAGUAAAUCAGGGCGAAUCCAUGACAGUUGGGGCCUAUGCGAGUAGCUCUGUAACCACAUUUAACAUAGGACCUAACACUUACGAAAAUCUCCCACCACCGCCAAGCAUCAUCACCAACCAAACUAACGAUUUAUCUCAGAGUAAUAUUUUACCUCUACCACCUUCCCACUCCACUAUUCCAAAAGCCUAUCACCAGCACACGACUCUACCUCGCCAGGGCGCUGGUGCCUUUACCAUAUCUGCGACAUUGCCCACCUCGGGCACAUCCAGCCAUCGCACUAUUCCCAGAACCCUGGCUACCAGUGGCAGUCUCAGAUUGAGAAGAGAGUUUACUGCUCAUCAGCCCGUUGCUCCCCUUUUCGAUACCCCACCACGGAAUGUUUCCCCUCAGAAUACUCCACAAUCUGCUCCACCGACUGCAUCAACCAAUGACAAUUCUAUUCAUUCGGAUGCAUUUUAUGAUGAUGUACUUGUUGGAUUACCAACUGCUGCGCCGCAGGUUGAGGGGGAGCCGCCUACCCAACCAAGUCCCAAUCUAACAAAUUGUGACUUUAAGCCUAAAAUUCCUUCAACUACUGAAGUGAACCAAGAUGGAAGCAUCGAAUCUGUGGCAUGUGCUUGCAGCAUGCAAGCUCUGCCGACAUUGCACGACGACGCAGAUGACUAUCGCAGUGAAUGUGAGAAUUGCAAGAGUGCAAACGGUUCCCGAUAUUAUCUGGACAACCAGGAUGAAUUAGUUACUUCUCCACACGAGACAAUGACAUUGCAUCGUAGACCAGAGGAAACACCGCUAGGCACCGCACCCCAGUAUUAUCGUACUUCCUUGACACUGCCCACUAGUACCCGUCAGCGUACGAGGAGCACCGGAGCUCGUGAAAAUUGGUUCAGCUCAAUGCCUGAAAGCUCCACAGAGUCUUCAGAUGAAGAUUAAAAUUUGAAUUUAAAAACAAACAACAAAAAAUCAACUAACAAAAACAAAAAAAAACUCAUAGUUGUGCAUCAUAUUAGGUAUUUAGAAAAAAAAAACAACGUACAAGAAGCAGCUUGAAUACGCGAGUGCCAAAAGUAUUAUCCAAUCUUUAUUGUAAUUAAUAAAUAACCGCAUACAUACAUAAAUAUCUAUAUCAAUACCAAAUAUUAUAUCUUCAAAAACAGAAAUUUUGAUAUUUUCACUCUAGCAAUAUAAAUAUAUAUAUGUGUGUGUGUGUGUAAAAGUAUACAUAUACGUAUAUGUAUAUUAUAUCUAUUGUAGGGUUAGUUAAUAACGAAUCAAAUCUGUAACUAAAAUUUUUGGGCUGAAGACAGGAAUAAACCGAACGAAUGGACGACCAUGCCGUAACAUCGGUAAUUAUUGUUCGUUUAUCGGCAGGUUUCUAAGAUUAGAUAAUAUAUUUGUUAAAAUACCCACAUAUAAUUGGUAGAUGGUGGAAAUAUUGUUCUGUACACAUAGUCUUCACAAAUCAACUUACAAACCUAGUUAGUUUAAUCAAAACAUAUUUGGCUUUGAGUGGUAAUGAUGAAUACCUUAUAGUUGUCGAAAUAUUCUACUCACAAAAAACAUUUCUUAUCACGAUUCAACAACAAAUUUGUAUAAAUGCAGUAGUAGUGUUGUUACCAAUCAAUAUUUCUACCCAUUUUAUCUGUACUGCAUGAAUUCGUUACAAAAAACUGUGCCAAAUAAGAAACAGGACUUGUAGAAAAGAAGAAAAAAAAAAAAAAUUGCCAAAACUAAUGAAAUGUUUUAUUAACAAGGCAUAAGUCAACAGUAUUAAUUAAAAGGCAGCAUAUACGUCAAAUUAUUAUCAUUUUCAAAUUUUUAUUAAAGACAUUUAGACUGUAGUAUAUUAACACGUGUUCAAGCAUAUAUAUAUAUAUAUAUAUAUAUAUAUAUGCUAUUUUAUAUAUAUAUAUAUAUAUAUAUAUAUAUAAAAUAGCAUAUAUAUAUACAUAAAAGAAUAGAAGGUAUCUACAAACGCUCGUUUUUCAGACUAAAUUAUAAUUCUCUCUAAAACGAACAAAAAAGAAUCAAACAUAAAUAAAACAGUUUUGUCAGGGCGGAAUUUAUUACAAUUAGCUAGGUUGUUAUUCAAAUAUACCAGGGACAAUUUUUCGAAUUUAAAAAAAAAGCGGCAGCUCAAGUACGGAUUAUUAAUUUUUAUCCACACAUAUUUAAUUUUGUACACUAUUACACGUAGAAUCUUUCGUCCUUCGUUUCUUUUUUCUCGUGAUUGGAAAUCAAUUGUUAAUCUAGUAUUAUUUAUAAUUAAAAAUCGAAAGUUUUCAUCACAAUUCAAAUUAAACUGUAUAGGUAGGUGAAACUGUACCGUUCCAAUUGUAUCGUGUUUAAUCUGACUCGCUCUGUUAAACAUACAGUCAUUUACAUAAAUAUAUACAUUCAUUGAUGUAGAAUCUUAACGAUAUGGGCUAAGAAAAAAUAAGUGAACAAAGUACUUAUGGAGAAAGAGCAAGGUCGAUACGUGUCAGGUCGCUAAAUAAUAGAAAAGUUUCUCUAUUCGACUUAGGCCCCCUGAUAUACAUAUGAAAGAUAAACAUUCCGGAAAAAAGGAAAAAACGAAGCAAUUUACAACUAGAUUUCAAAACACGAGUAAUAAAAUAAAGAGCAGCAUCCAAUAUUUCUGAAACUAAUUUGAAAAAGUUUUGAACAAAAUAUCCAAAGUGAAACUUGUAUUUUCUAUAGAAUGUAGAAAAGUAAACGUACGUUAUCUAAAAGUAAAAAAAUUAAAUAAAUAAAAAUAAACUAAUAUGUUCUGACUGUAACGGUUGCAUGGGGCCCAAACCAAAAAGACAAACCAUAAAUAAUCUUUAUAAGUAAAUUAAAGAGAAGAUCAACUAGAGCGUUAUUAUAACAAAUAUUCAGGCAUAACAUAUAAUCAUUCUGUAAUAAAAAUUGAAUGAAAAAACGAUGAAGAAAUACGAGUUGGCUCAAAAAACAUGUUAGUGUUGGUACAAAUAAUAAGAACCAUAUAAUAUGUAGGUGAAAUGAAACUUGGGAACGUGCAAAAAGAGAGAAGUAAAAAAAUUAUUCAUGGAAAAGAAUUCUGAAAUGAUGAAGGGCUUGAAUAGUAAUUUCGUGAGAUAUUUUAUUUCUUUUUUUUUUUUUUUUUGUUA